UGUGAGAAGAGAAAGGUGGUUGAACCCUUAAACACGGAGUGCCAAUUAUGAGACAAAGCUUGAAUUUCUUUUCUGCGACAGAACUUUCCUUUACCAAACUGUAACUACUCAUGUCCCACACUUCAGCAUUUACUCUAUAAUUAAGAGCCUUCUGUCCCUCUUUCCAUUUCCCCUCAAGAAAACAUCCUUCAUUCACCAAUUCAACAUCAAAACCUCAGCAUUCUUAUGUUCUUUUACCACCCCAAUUCUUGAUCUGUUUUUUCUCAAAAGCUAGAAGUUCAGACACCUACAGACAGAAUGUCUAGAACUGUUUUGAUCAUCUCUAUUCUCUUUUCUCUGUACAUAACAUCCCAUGCCCAAUCAUGUGCAAAGUACAACUUCGCCAGCAACCAGAUUUUCAGUUCCUGCAAUGACCUCCCAUACUUGAACUCAUUUCUUCACUGGAACUACGAUCAAUCUGCCAAAACAGUUAAAAUCGCCUACCGGCACACGGGAGUCUCGUCCUCCAGAUGGGUGGCCUGGGCUAUUAAUCCAAGUGGGCAAGGCAUGGUUGGUGCACAAGCACUUGUGGCUUUCCAGAAGUCUGAUGGCACGACGAGAGCCUACACAGCACCUAUAGCUGGUUACCAGACACAGCUGCAGGAGGGAGAUUUGAGUUUCCCGGUUUCCGAUCUAUCGGCAACUUAUGCAAGAAACGAAAUCGUCAUUUUUGCUACACUGAAGCUUGAUGGCCUUAAUUCUACAGUGAAUCAGGUGUGGCAAGAAGGGCCACUUUCAGGGGAUUCUCCGGCGAUGCAUCCUACUUCUGGCCCUAAUUUACAGUCCAUGGGGACUUUAAAUCUUCUGUCAGGAGAGACAGGGGCAGCAGCUGGAGCUGUGAACUCCAGAACAAAGAAAAAGAACAUUCAUGGGGUGCUGAAUGCAGUAAGCUGGGGUAUCCUGUUGCCAAUUGGUGCUGUGUUUGCAAGGUACCUAAAGGUGUUCCCUUCUGCCGACCCCGCAUGGUUUUACCUCCACGCAACAUGCCAAACCUCAGCCUAUAUCAUUGGAGUUGCGGGAUGGGCAACCGGUCUCCGUCUAGGAAGCCAGUCUCCAGGCGUUCAAUACACGUCCCACAGGGUAAUCGGCAUUAUCAUCUUCUGUCUCGGAACCCUCCAGGUGUCUGCUCUGCUUCUAAGGCCGAAAAAGGAACACAAAUACAGAUUCUACUGGAACAUCUACCACCAUCUGAUCGGAUACUCUGUCAUAGUCCUAAGCAUAAUCAACAUUUUCAAGGGUUUCAACAUUCUAAAUCCAGAGGAGAAAUGGAAGAGAGCAUACAUUGGUAUCCUGAUAGCUCUGGCUUUCAUUGCUGCAACAUUGGAAAUCUCCACGUGGUACAUAGUCGUCAAGAGGAAGAAGUCUAGCAGGCCGCACAAGAUGCCAAACGGGGUCAAUGGAACAAAUGGGCACAAUGGAUAUGGAGCAAGGGCACAAGAUAGAGUAUGAAGCGGAUGAUCUCUUAAUACUUUCAUAUAUCUAAACUUGUGGGAUUUGGUUCUUGUUUUUUGCCCCAGCAUUUUAUGUUUCUGUACCUACGUGUAAUUGGCGGUUUGAUGGUUAGAGACUGAUGCGAGUUUUUUCUACCUCGUUUUCCCUAGUAUUUAUGCAGAUUUUGUGUUGGACAGUAUUGUUUCUUU